GGCCGGCGGGGAGAGAUGGCGGAGGGCGGGGACCCCCCGCCCGCCCCGGGCAGCGCAGGUCGGAACCUGAAGGAAUGGCUGCGGGAGCAGUUCUGCGACCACCCCCUGGAGCACUGCGAGGACACCCGGCUGCACGACGCCGCCUUCGUGGGGGACCUGCCCACCCUGCGGAGCCUGCUGCAGGACGAGAGCUUCCAGAGCCGGAUCAAUGAGAAGUCGGUGUGGUGCUGCGGGUGGCUGCCCUGCACCCCCCUGCGCAUCGCGGCCACCGCCGGCCACGGGCCCUGCGUGGACUUCCUGCUGCAGAAAGGGGCCGAGAUCGACCUGGUGGACGUCAAGGGACAGACAGCCCUCUAUGUAGCCGUGGUCAACGGGCACCUGGACUGUGCCAGGAUCCUGCUGGAAGCUGGGGCCGAUCCCAACGGCAGCCGGCACCACCGCAGCACUCCCGUGUACCACGCGGCCAGAGUGGGACGGGCAGACAUCCUGCAGGAGCUCAUCAGUGCUUCCAGCUGCUGCUCCGGGCCGGAGCCGACCCGGAUUUCAACUGCUGCGGGCCCGUCAACCUGCAGGGCUUCUCCAGGGGCUCCCCGGUGUGCGUGCUGGACGCCGUCCUGCGCCACGGCUGCGACGCCGCCUUCGUCCGGCUCCUCGUGGACUUUGGGGCGGAUCUCAGCCUGGUCAAGGUGGAGGCCUUGGGAGUGGAAUCCACGGGAAGGGUCAAAGUCAACCCUGAGGCUCUGGAGGUGUUCAAAGAAGCCAGGGGCCGCCCCCGGAGCCUCCUGUCCCUGUGCCGCAUCGCUGUCCGGAGAACCCUCGGCAAAUCCCGCCUGGAUCUCAUCCAUAUCCUUCCAAUCCCAGACCCCAUUAAACAAUUUUUACUCCAUGAACACACUUAAAGGACAACUGGCUGCUUCCCUGGAUGGUUUGGUUUGCUCAGUUUGCCGAAGCCGGGUGCCGAUCCCAACCCUUUCCCCACGGAGUGCACAUCAUUCCCUGCUCCUGGGAUUUUUUUGCCCUUCCAGAUUUAAGGGGCAGUGGUUCUGUGUGUCCCUCAUCUCCCCAGGGAUUCGCUGGGAAUGAGCCUGAUCGAGGUGUGUGGGUGUUCCCUGAGUAAAUACAAUAUAUCCUGGAGCUGCUGGCAUGAGUGGAGCUCUGUCACUCCUCUGUUCCACACUCCCGGCUCUUCCUGCUGGAGCCUUUCCUCUUCCUAUAGGGUACAAGGAGGCCUCUCUCUGCCACCAGUACUUGGCCUUUUCCUCCUGUGUGAAGUUUGUGAGCAAAAUUAGGGGUGUUUUCCUCUGUCCUCUUCUGGUGGCACAGAAAACCAGGAGUUCCCACCUCCCUUUGACUCCAGAUCCCGUGGCAUGGUCAGGGAAAGCCCUCCCAGAUCCGCCUUCCAGCUCUGUUUUGUUUGUGGAAAAGGGAGAAGAAAGGGCUUUUUGGCUUGAGUUGGGAGACUCAAAUUGGGAGAUUCUGUGCCUGGACUCCUUUGAUUCCCAGUGCCUCUUCGUGCCACAGGCUCCCAGGAAAGUGUCAUCUCCAGGGAGCCAACAGCCUUUCCUCAGGAUCUCAGGGUCAGCUCCUUAGAGGCUCAGGGUCAGUGUGGAGGAAUCCCUGCCAAAAUCCCAGCGUUAGGAGGGCAGAGAUGAUGGUCCCUCAGGAUCUUGGGAAAAAGCUCAGGUGAUAGUUGGUACUUGCUUUUACUUCACUGCUUCAGGUCCUUUCUGGUCCCUGUGUUAGAAGGUGAUUUUUUGGACAGUUUUGCUCUGCCAGAUGUUCUUCCCGUGCUCAUCCAGUGGGCAAAGGGGUUUUUCCAGAUGGGGCUUUAAAGAUCAUCAAAGCCCAGACUGGGUUGGGCUGGAAGGAACCUUACAGCUCAUCUCAUCCCCAACCCCUGCCAUGGGCAGGGACACCUUCCACUAGCCCAGGUUGCUCCACGCCCCAUCCCUAUGGAUUUACCCCAUAGGCCUUGACAAAUGUUCUCUAUCCAGAGCCACAAAUAAAUGGAGGGCUGGAAAAACCCAAUCCCUGAUUAUUUCCUGUUAUUUCAAUUCCAUGGCCUGGAAGAUCCAGCUGCCCCUUCCAUCCUGAUUUUAGCUUAAGGUGGCAAAAGCCAAGGAUGUUCCCAAGCCCUCCCUGGGUGAGAUGGGACGGAUGUGGAGCUGUGAGCAGGUGAGGAGGCAGCAGCUUUUCCCCGUUCCCUUUCCAGGCGAGCAGCUGGUUUCGGUUUUCCCGGUGCCUGCGAGUCGUGUGCUCGCUUUAUGGAGGUGUUAACAUGCCUGGGAGAUGCAAACAAGUUGUAAAAGCCUCUUGGCACCUUGCUGGGGGAUCCCUAAUGUUUUGCAGGAGCACGGGAUGGCCGUGCUCCGGGAGCUCCGGUGCGGAGGGGCGGGAAUCAGGGUGGGUUGUGUCGGGGCAAAGCCACGGAAGCUUUUCGUGGAGUGGCUUUUCCCCCCGGGAUUUUGAGUUGCUUUGCAAACUGGGCGCUCCUGGGUAAAGGUGUGGGGAGAGGGAAUCACAGAAGCCCAGAAUCUCCGAAGUUGGAUCCCUAAGGACCAUCCAGUGCAGCUCCUGGCCCUGCUCAGGACACCUCAGCAACCCCACCCUGACCCCGAGAGCCUUGUCCAAGCUCUUGGUG